GUUAGCUUUACGUCGUCGCGAGUAUUCGGGGAGGAAAUUGGCGAGUCGGGCAGGAGAUCGAAUCGAAUAACACGCUCGGUUUGUCGAGCGGAUGUGUUUUUUAUUUAAAUCGUCCUUAUCUUCCGAUCGCAAAGCGAGAUUUCAAUCGCGGCCAGGGGCACACCUUCGUUCCACCGACGUACCGAUAGAGACGAGUCGAAAUUAAACAAAACGAUCCUUUCGUCAAAGUACUGUAGCGUCGUGUCGUCGCGAACUUUGCUAAUUACGUCCCGCGUAAACGUAGGACGGCAAAGUUUGACGUAAAAAAUCGUAGGGCGGAUCGGAGAAACGGGUGAAAGACGAGUGCGCGAAAGUUUCGAACGUACUAUGGAAACGGAUAAGCGAGAUGGAACGGCUGCAAAACAUUCGAAUUUCGCGAAACGUCUGGAUAAUUCACCGGGACCAGAUUUCUCGCGUAUAAAAGAGUAGCGCGGCGAAGGUAUACGAGGAAACGUACAAGUACCCACGCUAAAACAGAGUCCGCUCCGCUCCGCUCCGUGCACGUUCGUUGCAUAUGCAAAUAAAUGGUUCGUUGAAAUACGCGAAACACGAAAGAUACGUUUCCGCGAUGUUCCUGUUCGUUUUCACAUAUCCGUUCAUAUCCUCUCUCCUUUCGUGAAAUUGUUUCAAUAACGAUGAGAAUCCCUCGAGAGUCGAGGGGCGUCCGAAAGUAGCCUUCGAAUUUUUUAUUUCAGGCGCGUCGACGGUUCGACAGGAAUAUAUAGGGCUAUUCGAGAAUCGGAAAAUUGCACUCUUACCGUCACUUCGUCACGCGUACCACUGUAAUCGCAGGUAUGAUAUUCUAUGCGGCUGCAUUACCGAGAAAUGCGCAAAUGGAAUAGCGAAAUUAAAUUUUUAGUAGCGGAUAUUACGCUUAAAAUUCGUUUCGUUUUUCGACGAAAUUAAAGCGUUUCGCGUUUCACGUUGAUGCUAAUUAUCGUAUCGCCGUAUACGGCAUAUCGUAGCGUACCGCGUAAACGUAGGUACGCUAAUUCAAUUCCCAGGUCGUUGGUAAGAUCCCUGAUAGCGGGAAAGAGGAACAAAGCAAGGAGGAGCAUGGAAGUCGAGAACCGGAAACGACGUGCGGCGUCGUCGCAUCCUUCGCGUUUCCACGGAGAAAAUCCUUUCGGUUUCGCCUUGCCGAUCUCAGUAUCGUUACACGGAAACGAGGGGGGAAACGUUUGCUGGCUGUUCCGGUUACGCGAUUUUUUUCAUCUAAAUUUCGUACUUCGGUGAGAGAAACGCCGACUGCUGCAUGGACGAUAUCGGGAAUACGGGACUCGCCCCGAUCGCCCACGAGAACGAGGACAACGAACACGACGUCGGAAGAAGAAAUAGAGAAGAGAAAAGAGAGACAAAGAUAGUAGAGGAAAGAGAUUUCUCUCGGUAAGGAACGCCGCCUCGUAGUUUUGUUUCUUUUCGUCGCUUCCUUCUUUCCGUCUUUGCCUUUUCGCUCGCGAUGGGGGGAACGUCUUCGUUCGUCGACGAAGCGGACGUCUGGGCCGGAAGUUGAAACGGCUGCGUCCUGGAAAAAUGGCGCCCUGGCGACGGAAAUUGGUGCUUGCACCCUUUAAUUCGAAGUUGAUCGAGGAGAUCGCGUCUAUAAAGAAUCGUAAAGGGGCCCGUGAAAGACGAAGCGAUGCGACGCCUCGUACUUCGUCCGUGUCCAACCGGCAGCGCCGGGACUGAGAGGUCGUUCGACGAAGAAUCUUAAAGUCGAUAUCGGUGGGGUCUUGUGUAUUAUGUGUGUAUAGAGACAUCGCGACGAAGCUUAAAGUGCAAAGAUUGCACGGGGAUUAUCCAAUCGUGGGAACGAGUUUGCGUACAAAUAAGACGAAAGCGGUAUGGUUUCGCGUAAUCCAGCGUGGAAUAGCGAGUUAGCGACGCAACCUCCCUUUGGAGUCGGACCCGUGGUCCGCUCGUGGACACAGAGGGAUUAGCAUAGGAAUUACUUCCGGCCGGACGAUAAAGCGCAAGCCAAACCUUCGAAGCUGGGACAACGAAGGUCGUUCCCUGCUUUCGGCGGAGAGUCGCGGAAAGGGAUAGAGCGAGUCCGCUGUAUUUCUAGUUUCCAGAGAGGAAAUUGGCACGCGGUGCCACCCUCGACCUCUGCAGCCAUCGCAUCGAGGAGAACGGCUCGACCCUAUAUUACAUUUCAAUUCCGAUCUUUCACCUUCGAUCGCCGCGUACAUGCACGACGCACGUAUCUGUGUUUAUACGCGACUCGAGUUUUGGCAAAGUGUUCCACGUGUGGUAAUCUGAUGGCCAAAUAUUUUUGAUCGAUAUCGUAAUCGCGUCGGUUAUCAACAUCGGCCUAUUUUCUUCGCGCUUAGGCUUCGGAGAUCGCAGAUAUAGAAAUUAAUAUCUACUAUCGCGGAACUUAAUGCGACUGUAUCGUAGAUUUGUAAACGCAAAACAACCAUUUUUUCUUAAUAAAUUUAUAUUCGGCGGAAAUGAUGUUUAACCCGUCCCGUUUUGUUGCGGUCACCCGUCGUAAAUUAAAAUUAUGCCUGGUGGCAAAAAGCCUCUAUCGUCGCUUUCUACUCGCCCGCGAUCGUUCAUCGCCGCCUCGAGAUAGAACUGCUGCACAGGCACGAAUAGGCGAAUCUACAUAGGUAUAAAGUCAGCAGCCCGUCUUGCUUUAUACCCACUGUCGGGCUGUUCCACCUUCCUACGUCUUCCUUCCGUCCCCUUAUCACCGCUUAUCUCCUUCCCGUUUCUCACUCAACCAUAUUCUUCCAUAAUACACGCCGGUACUCGUCUCCUCGUCUACGAGAUCACGUCCUUAACGUUAAACUGUAAAAAUGUUUUCGACUAUUUCGUAUUUUCUAUAUUUUCCUCGUCUUCCAUUCUCCGUUAAUUUCCCGUAUAAAUCAUCGCCAAGUGUCCAUUGUAAUAUAUCAUCGAACGCACGCGAUCUUCAUUUUAAACGUAAAGCAACGCGACGGUCUCGAGAGAAUGCGCUCCUCUCCAAUUAACCUCCGUUCUCUUUUUCUCUACCCGCAAACAUACCGUCGGAUUUUUAAUUAAUCUCAGCUAAUUUCAACAAAGGAAGUUAUUACGCGAUCUUCGUUAAUUAAGUAAAGACGUUGAAAAUGAAGAAGAGAUUUACGGUCGGGCGUAGCCACGGAGGACGCGGGGUCGAGUACGCGUUGUCGAACAUCGAAUAUUUCGCGUCCCGUAAAAAUGAGUUAAUUUCGCUCUUUCACUCGGCGACUUCACACAACUCGGGUAGUUACGCACGCGUAUUUAACGGCGCAACGUCGGUGAACAGGUACACGCCAUGGUUAUUGUUUGCGACGUUUCCUCCAUCUACCUUGAGAGAACAUUCACGAGUGGAAAAUUGAAUUCUUUCCCGCUCGUUCCUUUUAAGCACCCAAUUAAGUGAGUUCAAAGAGACGAGGACGCCAGGGAGGGGAACGGAACCGUGUAGAGCGACGCUCGGCCGUGUAAUCAGGGAAACGAUCGAAUUAUAGUUUGCUCGCGUAAAGCCGAUUGCUCACUCACGGGUAAAUUAUCUCGACGACGACGACGCGCGACUCUUGGCAACGAGUCCGUCCACGAACCUUUAAUCGUUGACACCGAUUAAACGGUUCCCUUCGCAAACACUGGCGACGGUUCCUCCGCGGAAACCGCAGGAUCCGUGGUUACGGUGCCGAGAACCGACGAGGACGACGAUCGACCGAAAAUACCGAACAGCCGUCAUCGACCGAUCAGAGGCGAUCAGUGGAAGCACAGAAGUGGCAUUGGAAAACACCUAUCUGAUUGAACACUAAAGACGAUCGUGUUUCGCGAAUAUAAACAGAAAAAUGGUUAACGUGAAGACCGCGAAACGCGAGAAGGUAACUGAGAAGAAAUUCGAGUUCGAGAUCAAGGACAACAUACUCGUCGGCGAUGACCUGACGUAUCCCGAAAAUUACGACAAUGUCGGGGAAAUAAUUCUCGAAAUCUUGAGGAGCGAGCCGGAUCAUAUCGGACAGAUAGAGGCAACGACGGGAAAACAAUCCACGUACAAAGAAAUGUUGGACAAGAGCGUUAGAUGCGCGAUAUGGUUGAGGAAAGCAGGGGUCAAACCAGGCGACGUGGUCGCGGUCUGCAGUUCUUGUUAUUGCGAAAACUACAUACCAUUCUUGGCAUGCCUAUACAUCGGUGCUCAAUGCGCCAUCGAAUAUCAUCAAUUACCUGCGCGCACUUUCCGUCACUUUCUAUCGAUCGUAACGCCGAAAAUAAUAUUCCUGCACGCUCACGCGCUAGACAAUCUGAUCAAAGCUCAAAACGAGACGUCUACGAAUAUCAGAAGGGUGAUCUUCGAGGACCAAGUCCCCAACGAGGAAUCCCUUGACGCGAUUCUAUCGGAACAAACGGUGGCCGAAAUCGAGAAGUUUCGUUGCGAGGACAUCGAGAAUCCGAAACACGCUGCUCUAUUGAUCGGCACAUCGGGAUCGACGGGAGUGCCAAAAGUAGCGGAACUGUCUCAUUUAGCGUUAAAGACGAUGAUGCAUCCGGUUUACGCCAAGAUUCCCGACAGGGUUUGGUUGUGCGUAGCCGGUAUGCGAUGGAUCACCUACUUCUGGAACUUGUUGGGCGGGUUACGGUCAAACGCGACGCGGGUCAUUGCCGAGGACGCUCAGAGCGCCAAAUACUAUUUAGAAAUAAUCCGAAAAUAUGAGAUAGAGUAUUACGGUGCCGAUACUAAUCAACUGAGACAGAUAUAUAAGCUCGGCUUGAUAAACGAUUACCGAGAGACAAAGCUGAAAACCCUCAGGUUCGGCGGCUCACCCUUUAGCCGCGAUAUUCACGAAACGUUAAUUAAAGAGCUUCCGCAGAUAAAUACUCUCCAGGCGUACGGAUCGACCGACAUCGGGAACGUCAUCGUUGCACAGAAGCCGGGCAGCACGCCGGGCAGCUGUGGCUUCAUCCGUCCCGGCAUUAAACUAAAAGUGGUGUGCACGCAGACGGGGGUGGCUCUGGGUCCGAACAAACAUGGCGAGAUUUGCGUGAAGUCGAAUACGCGGAUAAAUAAGUAUCGAGGUAAUCCCAUAGCGACCAGGAAUGCCAUCGACUCCGAAGGUUGGUUCCAUAUGGGCGACAUCGGGUAUUACGACGAAGUCGGGGAGUUGUACAUAGUUGGCAGGACUUCGCAAUUUAUCAAAUACAACGAUUGUUGUUUAUCCGUCUUGGAAAUGGAAACCAUUUUCGACAUGCAUCCAGACGUGUACAAAGCCGUAGUGAUCCCAGUGCCGUCGGAGAUCGAAGGAGAGCUUCCAGUCGCGGUUGUCGAAAAAUUACCCGAUAAAGAGAUAACGGAACACGAACUCCUAACUUACUUCAAGAAGAAUAUGCCAGAAUUCUAUAUGCUGAAGAGCGUGAAAUUCGUGAAGGAAAUGCCACGCACGAGUACUGGGAAAAUCGCGAGGAACGAUUUGAAACAAAUGUUAUGCGUCGCGAUGUAACGUUUACUCGAAUCGUGUACGCAUUUCACGUAUCGACGUACCUAGGGACUGCACCACUAUCGACUGUAUUUACGAUAAUUAUAAUAAUACGUAUAUACCUAU